AUGUUUCAGUUGCACUUUUAUCGUCGAUUCUUUGACCUCGAUACCGAGACUUUUUUCAGGAAAAUUCAACAAGCAUUAAAUCCAUUCAAUGGGGCACAGGCGGUUGACGACGAGCUGGACGCCUCUGAUUCAGAGUUAUAUGGGUUCAUAUGGAUCACAGGCACACUCAUAUUCUUAGUUUUUGUCAGUUCCACCGGAUCUAACCUCUUGGCUGAAUGGCUCCAUCCAACCAAAAAGAGCCAAAAAUAUGAGUACAGCUUCGAUUUGCUCACGCUAUCAAUUUCCUUGUUCUACGGCUACAAUGUGGUGGUUCCAGCGUUGUUCUGGGGCUUUACAACUUGGUUUCUCAAGUUUCCACAACCAACUUCGUUAAUACGAGUCAUCUCGAUCUACGGCUAUACCAAUAUUUUGUGUGGUUCCUAUCACCGUGCUCAACCUUCUAAUCGUUCUCAUUGUUAA